AUGCUUUUGCUUUUUGGACCUUUGUUUGUUCUGCUUUUCUCUCUCUAUCUCUUUUGAUAGAGUAACGUUACCGAAUCACAGCUGAGCUCACAAUAAGAAGCGAAACCCUUGCUCUAGCUUCUUCUGGAGCAUUCGAUCAGAAUCAGUUGACAAGACACAGACAAAGAUACGCAUUGAGAAACCGGAGAUGGGAUCUGGGGCUGGAAGUUUCCUCAAAGUGAUUCUCAAAAACUUCGAUGUUCUUGCCGGGCCUGUGGUUAGUCUUGUUUAUCCUCUAUAUGCGUCAGUCAGGGCAAUUGAGACCAAAUCCCCAAUUGAUGAUCAACAAUGGCUUACUUAUUGGGUUCUUUAUUCCUUGAUUACCCUAACUGAGCUCACCUUUGCCAAAGUUAUUGAAUGGAUCCCGAUCUGGUCAUACGCUAAGCUUAUUGUCACCUGUUGGUUGGUCAUACCGUACUUCAGUGGGGCAGCAUAUGUUUAUGAACAUUUUGUUAGACCUUUCUUUGUUAACCCUCACACUAUUAACAUCUGGUAUGUCCCACGAAAGAAGGACGUCUUCAGUAAACCAGAUGAUAUUCUCACCGCUGCCGAGAAAUACAUUGAAGAGAAUGGACCUGAUGCAUUUGAAAAGAUCAUUCACCGGGCCGAUAAGUCCAGACGGAAUGAUAAUUACGCAAUCUUUAGCUAGGACUAUAAUAUGGAGCCAAUGUCUUGGAGGAGAAGAAAGAAAGAGCAGUGUUUAUAAGUAAAUAUAUUCCUUUUAAGGCAUGCUGUCUGAUCACAUCUUCUGUUUUUGAAAGUCUUCAUGUUCUUACUUUAUUUUCUGUAAUUAUCAUGUUUUGCCUUGUCUUGACAAAUUUACUUGAUAUGUACAAAACUUUCUUGUGAUUAGGUAACCUUAACCCGUUACAUUUAUACUAGUUCUUUUCUUUCCCUUGUGAUAUUAAGAUGGAAAAAUGGUUUUAAAA